AUUUUAAUAAAAGUGAGCAUUGAAAUGAGAAUAGAAUUUUUAAGGAUGUGAAAUACGUUCAAUCUGCCCUCUGUCUCUUUGCCUCUACAAUCAAUUAAAAACAUAAUUAUGUAAACGUCUAAUGGAAUGUCCACUUGAUUCCUGGGAAAAUAUAUUGUGAUUCACUUGGAACGAUUUAGUAUUAAAACCGGAAUAUCAUUUAUUGUGUAACGAUCGAAUACAGUUUUAACACAUUACAUGGAGCAACAUACUUGCCAUUGCUAGAGAAAAUCGUACUUUCGUGCUUAUUAUUAUCAUCAUCACUCAAAGUCGUCAACAAGUGACAGUGUACUUCCCUGAAAUAAAUCAGUUCGUUCCAGAUACAAGAUCAAUAGUAAUACUGAAUCAAAAAUUGAACAUUUUAAUAUCGAGAAAAUCAUUUAAGAGAUUUUGAUAUGACUGCGGGAGAGAUAAAUAGAUUAAACAAACUAGAAAGGAGAAAAUAUUUUACAACUCGUUUUAAGAAACACAGUGGCAAAAGAAAUACAACUCAAAAUCAAUGUAAUACAAAUAAGGUUUUGAAUAAAACAAUUCGACAACAGAAGGAUGUUCUGAUAGAUCGACCAGUUGAAACAAAGACGUGUAAUAAACAGAACUUGGGGAAACCUAUUAAAGGUUCUUCAAUGUUUAAUAGUUGUUUAUUCUAUUUGUAUUUAACACAGACUAUCCACUUAGAUUCUUGUCAUGUGAACCACUACAGGCAUGUUCAUUGUUUCAAUUCACCGUUUGAAACAUUUGAGAAGAACAAACAUGUGACAAAUGUUGAUCAUGCAAAUCGAUCUUGUUUUUCAAAACGUUAUGAAAUGAGAAAAAAUGAAUGUUCAUUUGAAAAACUGAAAAAUCUAUGGAAACAACAAUUUGAUCAGUUCAUUCUGCCUGUUCCAACAAGACGUAAUACUGGUACAAAUAGAACUACAUACACAGAAAAAUCUACUAUCACUAAUCAGAAAAAGGAAACCCUUGAAGUGUCUCCUCAAGUAAAGAACCCUUCAAGCAAUCAAUCCGAAGAGAUCAGUCAACACUUAAGCCUAUCCAAAUCAUUUAGCUCCUUAUGCUCUUCGAAAUAUGAAGUUAGAAGCUAUCAAGAUUAUGGUGAAAACUUCCUUAAAAACUUUGAAGAUAAGUAUACAUUUAGUGAUUCAUCAAAUUCAACUGGAUCAACGAUUUACCUAUAUUGUUCAACAUGUAGUCAGAUUUUCUCAUGCAGAAACAUUGAUGAAUUAAAACAACUGAAUUUACUUGAAUCUAGCUCAUCUUUAUCUUCUUACAACUUGACCUCUGAGGACGAAGAUAUCGAAAGUGAGUUUGUUUUCGACGAAUCAUUUCCAUCAUACUGGGAAUAUAUGAACCCAUCAUAUGAAUGGAUCAAAUCUUCACGUCCUGUUUCUGCACCACCAAUAUUGACUUGUUCAUCAAAGAAAUCAGCAUAACAGUUGAAACAAUAAACUAAUUCUAACCAAUAACUUUCAAUUUCAGUUCAGAUUCCGCUAACUUAUGAAAUGUUUCUUUUUUAAAAACCAGUAGUACUUUACGCAAAUCCAUUUA